ACACCCACACACGCCAUGUUCCGCGUCGCCUCCCCUGCCCUCCGCCGCACGCCCCCCGUCCUCAGGCGGCCCCUGUCCACCACCGCCCACGCUCCUUCCCGUUCCAGUCUCAAGUUCAACCCAACCCAUCCCUCGCCAGUCUUCCCGCGUCCGCGCGCGUGCUGCCCGCCUUCGACCCUCCUCCGCGGCCAGCUGCUCGUGCGAGGCGCCGCGAGCCACGUCUCCGGACGUCCGGGCUCGCAGACCGCGUCACAAGCCGCCCAGAACAUCAAGGAGGAGGUCGGCAGCGCAGGUGGCGACCUCGCCAAGACAAUCGCCGGAGGGAACAUCUUCUCGGACGCCGUUGCGCCGACGCAGCAGACAUUCCUCGGUAUCACCAACGCUGUUGCGUAUGCCGUCCCCACCCCCUACAUCGUGUUCGGCCUUGCUGGUGGCUUGCCAUACCUCGGUACCGCAGCCGCUACAAUCUACCUAGCCCGCCAGGCCGGUAUUGCCACGACCGGCAUCAUGACGAACAUGGAUCCUGGCGUCGCGAUCACCGUCCUAGACCAGGCCUUGCACAUACAGAUGACCUACGGCGCCGUCCUGCUCUCCUUCCUCGGUGCCCUGCACUGGGGCUUCGAAUUUGCCGGAUACGGUGGUACGAAGGGAUACCCCCGUCUCCUCCUCGGUAUGGCGCCAGUCGUCUUCGGCUGGACAACGCUCGGAUUGGAGCCCGUGCAGGCUCUCAUCGCGCAGUGGGUCGGCUUCACUGGCUUGUGGUGGGCUGACCUGCGGGCUACGAACGCGGGCUGGGCGCCGCUGUGGUACUCGCAGUACCGCUUCUACCUGUCGAUUCUCGUCGGCACCUGCAUCAUCGGUACGCUCGCUGCGACGAGCUACUGGGGUCCUGUGGGUGGACACGGGCUAAUCAGCCACGACCUGAACAUCGUCCGCGCUGAGCGCAAGCAGAAGCAGCCUGAGCGCGAGGGCCGCGUAGGCGGCGAGAUCGAGUCACUCGCCGCUCCUGAGAACGCCGACUCGUAUGUGAUCGUCAGGAAGAAGAGCAAUGGCCAGAACGGCAACGGUAGUGAGUCCGGAUCGGAGCAGGGAGGAGAGCAAUGAAAGCGAACUGCCGAGUUGAGGUCGAUGGACGUUUCCGCAUUGUAUCAUCACCAGUUGUGAGCCAUUGUAUAACAGAACAUAGUAUCUUCGCCACAUGUAGACAGUAGUGUAGAGCCCAGAAUAUGACCAGUAAUAUUCAAUCUCGAUGUAUCAUUGUAUGGGUCGAAGAGAGGAUGUGUCAGAGACGGAGACGGCGAAGUGGCGAAG